AAACUUAAACUGAUCUAUAAUUUGGAACGGAAGUGCUAAACUAAUAUCAUCGCUAGCUUCCACAUAUAUUUUCGAUUUUUGAACUUUUCAGCAGCAUGGAAAAUUGCUACAGACUCCGUAAUACACGGAGUAUGAGCAAGCUGGUGGGUUUGCUCGCCGGCGGCGACGGCGGCGGAGCUUAGUUGCCGGGAGCGGCGGAUGUCGAAGCUGCUUCAACGGCGAAUAAAGUUCCUUCCCGACGACGGUGGCAUAUCAUGCGUCGUCCUCGGUGAAGCUUUUGUGGGGUUUGUGUACCUCCCCUUUCCCCUGCGUUUCUUCGACAGCGGCGGCGACAGCCUCGGCGCUUCCUCCGGAGAAGGGCACGGGUGGAUUUUGGUUCUCCUUCUUGUUGAUGCGGCUCCUGGCGUCGUCGAUGGGGUGGAGAUUUUACUCCCCUGGGUAGAGAUUUUACUCCUCUGCGGUGGAUUUGGCGAGGUCUUCUCCGGCCACCGUGUGAGGCUAUCGAUCUCGGUGGCGCCGGCUCUGGGUUGGUGGGCGUUCGGGCCCGAGGAAGAUGAUGGUGUUCUUGGUGUUCUUCCGUUGUCGCCGGCGUGGGUGCUGCUGAUGUGCCACAGCGAAGCUAGAUGCGUCAGGGAAGGCGAUACGUGGCGUUGGCUUAUGCAGCGUGUCCAAGAGUUGGAGCUCCUUGACGGCGAGGCGGAGCUCCCCAAGCUCGGUGACGCCGGCGGUCGUCGGUGCUCGCUGAGGAAGAAGGCAGAGAAGAUCUCUUUGGCCUGUGUUGUAAUUUUCAUUUCUUUGAGGGACUUCUUUGUAAUUUGGGGUUGUACUGUGCUUCAAUUAAUACCAUCCUUCCUUUCGAAAAAAAAAAAGCUGGUGGGUGGGUAA